GAGAUCGUCGUAUCUACAAGGGUUGUUUGUGUCGAGAGUUCGGCUCCGCGUGCUGCUCCGAGAGCGUACUACCACCGUCGGCCCCUUCCAUGGAUAUCCGAGACUUGAAUUCGGCGUGACAACGCAUCGAGGGCAUCGGGAGCUCCUCCAUCAACUUCUCCAAGCCAAAUCCCCCUCUGGCCUUCUGCUCCCGCUACAAAUGCUGCCCGCAAGGCUCGUCUCAGGCGCGGAUGGACUGUUCGGACAAGAACGUGACCGCUUUUGUGGACGCCGUCUUCCCCAGCGGGGUCCAGAUGCUCUCUCUGAAGCACAACGGCAUCAAAAAAGUUGAAGCGCAGGCGUUUGUGACAAGUACCAAAGUCGUUCAUCUGGACCUGUCGUACAACAAGAUUGACUCUCUCGAAACCGGCUCUCUGUCUAACCUCAGCGGUCUCAGCUCAGUCGAUCUGUCUCACAAUCACCUCUGGAAGAUCAACAGCAGAGCGUUCCAGGGUCUUAGAACUUUGGUACGAUUAGACAUUGGCUACAACCAAUUGCAGACGCUUUACGACGACGACUUCAGCGAACUCGAACAUCUCGAGGAACUGGACCUGGACCAUAACCCUUUGGGACACAUUAGCGGGCGCUGUUUUCAGUUUUUGCGUAACCUCAAGGUCCUCAGCUUGAACAGCGUCGGGCACACGCACCUAUCCCCGGACGUGUUCGCUCAUGUCAGGUCUCUGACGAGGCUGAGUCUCGUCGGAAACGGAUUUCGCAGCCUGCCUGCGGCGGCCUUGCAGGGGCUCUACGACCUCCGCUCCUUAGACGUGAGUCAAAACCCGUUGACACACGUCGGCUCGUCCUGUCUUCGAGAGCUGCCGUCCUUGCGGACUCUUCGACUCAAUGACAUGUAUCAGCUGACCAGCGUCGACGUAUUCGCCUUCGGAAAUCUGCCAGGUCUCAAGGAGCUGUACCUCAACUACAACCCAAAGCUAAUAUCCAUUCACAAGGAUGCGUUUCGGUCGUUCUCGCACAGCCAGUUCGUUCAGCUAGAUGAGUUGUAUCUUCGACAGACGGCACUACAGACGCUAUCCUCCAGGAUGCAAGACUGGGGUAAGCUGGCCGUCGUGGACCUUGCGGAGAAUCCGUGGAACUGCGACUGUCGGCUGAGAUGGAUGGCUCACCUGACAGUCAAGACGGUGGCUGAACAUCACUUCAGCUGCGCCCAUCCGCCGAGUCUGCUGGGAAGACGGGUACAAGACCUGGCGGCUGAACACCUCUCGUGCGACAAACCCAGCCUGGCUGAACUGAGCACUUCAAUCGCCAUGCUCUGCGUCAUGCUGUUCGCCUCGUGCGCCACUGUGCUCGGAGUUCUGGUCUACCACCAAUGCACGCCGACGGAAAAGCCGGACUACAGUCGAGUAUGGCCGAGCGACAGCAGUGUGUGACAGGCUGUGACGGUUGUGAAUGUGCUUCGGCUGUUGACCCUUGAAGGGAACCCCGAAGUGACAAUGCAGAGACCUAUGGUCAGGGGCAGGCUAAAAAUGCAACCUCCAAGAAAAGGUCGUUGCUUUGUGCCAGGCUAGGCUGUACUAGAAUGGAGAAGUGUGGCCGUUCGGCGGCCGUAAGAGUGUCGCCAUGUACAAGCGCGUCAGUGAGGACGCUGUAGGGCAGAGCGCGGAACGCGGCCGUCUGACGGCUGACAAAGGCCUGACGGUCACAGCAGGGAUGCUUUAUUAGGCGUGAAA